UUUAAACAGAGACGCUGAACCUUAAAACUACACCGCAUCGUUCUCCAUUACUAGUCACUGAAUCUUUGUUGGUGCAACGCACAUUUCGAAAUGGCUCUACGAGUAACCAGAAACCGCUUGGCUUCUACCAGGAAUGACCUCGGUGGAAAGGCCUGCUCGGUGACUGGGCCUACAAUGAAGCCCCGAGCGGCGCUGGGUGAAAUCGGAAACAUCGCAAUUAACAAAGAACCACAAAAAAAGAACAUCAAGACAGAGGCCAUUAAAAAGCCCAAAGUCACCACCAAAGUUGAAAAGGUGGUUGUUGAAAAGCCAAAACCAGAAAAUGUUGUUCCAGUUAAACCUGAGCCAGAGGUGCAGGUUCCGCCUGAACCAGCAUCCCCCACUCCAAUGGAGACUUCUGGUUGCGAGCCUGCCGACUUAUGUCAAGCAUUUUCAGAUGUCAUUCUUCACACAGCUAUCAGGGAUGUGGAUGCAGAUGACUAUGACAACCCUAUGCUCUGCAGUGAAUAUGUAAAGGACAUCUACAAGUAUCUCCGACAGCUUGAGGUUGAGCAGAAUGUCAGACCCACUUAUCUGCAGGGUCAGGAGGUGACUGGUAACAUGCGGGCCAUUCUCAUUGACUGGCUAGUGCAAGUGAACCUGAAGUUCCGUCUACUGCAGGAGACCAUGUACAUGACUGUGGGAAUAAUUGACCGCUUUCUUCAGGAUCACCCAGUCCCCAAGAAGCAGCUGCAGCUUGUCGGUGUGACCGCCAUGUUCCUUGCAUCCAAAUACGAGGAGAUGUAUCCACCAGAGAUCUCAGACUUCGCCUAUGUGACGGACAAGGCCUAUACCACUGCCCAGAUCAGAGACAUGGAGAUGACAAUCCUGCGGGUGCUCAAGUUCAAACUGGGCCGCCCUCUCCCCCUCCAGUUCCUCAGAAGGGCUUCAAAGAUUUACGAGGUGACUGCAGAGCAGCACACCCUGGCAAAAUACCUCCUGGAGCUCACCAUGGUCGACUAUGAGAUGGUUCAUUUGCCACCUUCCAUGUUGGCGAGUGCUGCUCUAGCUCUUACCCUGAAGAUCUUGGAUGCUGGAGAAUGGGAUGUGACAUUGCAGCACUACAUGGACUACACAGCAGAGAGUUUGAUUCCUGUGAUGGCACACAUUGCCAAGAAUGUUGUGAAGGUGAAUGAUGGGCAGACAAAGCAUAUGGCUAUCAAAGGCAAAUACUCCACUUCAAAGCAGAUGAGGAUUGCCACCAUCUCACAGCUCAAAUCUUCGGUGGUGAGGGAUCUUGCAAAGCAGCUCACCCAGUGAGAUGACCAUGUUUGGCACAAUGUGCUGAUUUGUACAGUUGAACUAACUUUUAACAUGACGAUCAUUGCGCUGAUCCUGAGGAUGAGUCAGCGGUUUGUUUUUUACAGAUCUUGUAUCUUACUGGCCCUCUUCAAAGCAUGCUACAUGUUCAUCUUUCUAAAUUUCUUGCUAUCCAUAGUCAGGCUGCAACUAUUCAUGUUAAUCAGUUGGUCUAUAAAAUGGUGUAACAUAACUGUUUCCAAGAGCCCAAGAUGACAUCUUCAAGUGUCUUGUGUAGAUAUUCAGUUACUAUCAUAGACUAAAGACACCAGCAAAUAUUCACAUUUGAGAAGCUGGAUUCAGAAUUUGUACACUCAAAUGACUCAAUCUAUCAAAAUUGGCAUUUAGUUAUUGAUUGAUCAUUGCAGCUUUAACCUAUGAUUUAAAUCUAAAAUUGAUCCCUUAGACCUCACAGCCUGUUCAUUAUCAUGGGGUGAAUGGCAGUUCAGUCUUAUCAAGUUAUUGCUUAAGUUCAUUUGGAUACCAAUGACUACUUUAAUGCAACCCAAAGCACUCUUUUCACAUGGGAUGUUUGCAAUAUGAUGCACUACAUAUUGUUUGACUUUUUUCUUUUUUGGGUUAGAGCAUCAUUGAACACAAUAUUUGAAUAUUCUACACAAGUUGCUACGGAUUGUAAGUCAAACAUGUCUCACAUUUGUUUAAUAGCUUAACUGCUGCUAAGCUGUUGCAAAUUUAAAACUUGUAGCAUGCUUUAAAAGUGGGUCAGCCAUGUAAAGGGUCCAGUGAGGUCCAAUGGGGCCUUUUAGCCAUUUUUAAAUGGGAUUGUUUUCUUAAUGUGCGUGUGUGGCAGUGAAUGUGUAAAAUGUACAGCAAUACUUUUAAAUGGUUUUUACAUUCUUAAAGCCUUUAUUAAAUGGUCUUGACCAGAAA